AGAACGUUCCGAGAGGUCGUGUUCCUGCAGGAGUUUGGAGCCCAUCCCAACAUCAUCAAGCUGCUGGAUGUUAUCCCAGCUGAGAAUGACAAGGACAUCUACCUCAUCUUUGAGUCCAUGGAGACAGAUCUCCACGCCGUGAUUCAGAAGGGGGGGCUGCUGAAGGACAUCCACAAGAGCUACAUCCUCUACCAGCUCCUCAAGGCCACCAAGUUCAUCCACUCGGGAAACGUCAUCCACAGGGACCAGAAGCCCUCCAACGUGCUGCUGGACGCCGAGUGCUGCGUGAAGCUCUGUGACUUCGGGCUGGCCCGGUCCUUGGCCCAGCUGGGGCAGGACCAGGAGGACCCUGCCCUCACUGACUACGUGGCCACGCGCUGGUACCGAGCCCCCGAGAUCCUGCUCUCCUCCCCCAGGUACACCAAAGGUGUGGACAUGUGGAGCCUGGGCUGCAUCCUGGGGGAGCUGCUCCUUGGGAAGCCUCUUUUCCCAGGCACAUCCACGGUGAAUCAACUGGAGCAGAUCCUGAGGGUCAUUCCUGCCCCAUCCCCAGAAGGUAUCCUUGGCUGGGAAUCCCAGGCUGGGACCUUCAGUCCUUGUGUUCUGGCUCGCAGGCGGCGAGUGACGCUGGAGGAGCUGUUACCCCCCUCUGCUCCCCCUCCUGCCCUGGACCUGCUGAAGAAGCUCCUGGUGUUUGACCCUGGCAAACGCCUGUCAGCAGAGGAGGCUCUGGAGCAUCCCUAUGUCAGGAGGUUCCACUGCCCUGCCCAGGAGCCCUCCCUGGGCCACGAGGUGGUUCUGCCCCUGGGUGAUGAUGUCCAGCUGCCCGUGGCCCAGUAUCGGAACCAGCUGUACCAGAUGAUCCUCGACAGGAAAUCCAGGGACCGUCCAAAGGAGCAAGUGCAGAGGGAGAACGUCCCCCUGGGGCAACCUGAGCCUCCCCCAGCUCCCAGGAAAGGCCCAAGAGAAACAACCCCCCCUGUUCCAAAACCUUCCCAGGUGCCUGCUGGGACCAGCACCAGUGCCCAGCCAGGAGCAGCCAAACAGGAGGAAGAUUUAGCAAGAACUUUCUGCCAGAGAGCAAAGAUCAACGUGGUCUACAACCCCAUCACCCACACUGCUGCCCAGAGGGAUGCCCACCCUGGUGCUGUGACCAGGACCUGCUCUGCACCUCUGCACCAACAGGCUGGAAUCCCCAACAGCAGGAAAGUGGGGACACAAAUCCCCUGGGGGAACCCUCGGCUGCCCCCCUGGGAUGGGCAGAACCUUUGCAAUAACCCCAGGAACCCUCAGAUUCCCAGCAAGGAUGUUCGGCCCCUCCCCAAGUCCAGCAAAAAGAUGUUCCAGAUCACAGCAAACGUGGGAGCUGCUGGGGAUCCCAAAGCCUCCCUGGGCAGCUACUCCCAGGCCUAUGGAACCAUCUGUCAAUCUGCCCUCCAGAGCCUUCCCAUCCCCAGGCCCUCCCAGCACCAGUGA